GUGGUUCUGGGAAGCUUACUUUAAGUCAAUGAAAGCCAUCGCACUUGCUACUCUGCAAAUUAUCAAUGACAGAAUCUAUCCAUACGCUGCCAAGUCAUAUGAGGAUUGGAAUGAUCCAACUGUUGUGAAAGUGGUGAGUGUGAGCAAUCCUCUCUUCCUUCCACUCAUUCCACCUCGAUCGCAAGGCUUCACCGCUGUCGUCCUCACGUAUGACCGUGUUGAAAGUCUAUUCCGAGUGAUCACGGAAAUUUCUAAGGUGCCCAGCCUUUCCAAAUUGCUGGUUGUGUGGAACAAUCAGAAUAAGAGCCCCCCUGAAGGUGUUUUCUCCAAAUCAAUUACGUGAUGUUUAAUAGGAAAAGAAAAACUACUUUUCAAUUAUCGUCAAUAAAAUGUGGAGCUCCACAUUUUAUCAACUCUGACUUCCAGCAUCUGCAAUCCUUGCUAUCUCCUACUAUUCAAUUAUAAUGUGGUGUCACUCAACAGUAUCCUCUGUCACGCCAACAUCCCCCGUAUCAAGGCAUGAGUUCCAUUUGAUCACUGUACGGUCAGUUGGUAGACCACAUCAUCCCCUACAUGAUGUCCAAAACAAGCCCCUCUGCUCCAAGCUUCGCCACAGCAAGCAGUUUCGAGGAGGGCCAAGAAAAGGCUUCAAGGUCAUCCUCAAUGUCUCCCAGAAUAAAAAUGCAUUAUCACCACCAAUUGGUGGAAAUCUCUAAACCAAGACUUCCCAAAUCAGGGAAGAAGCCUCUGUAAAGCAGCCAGCUGUUUCAGACAUCUCUGACAGACCCAGUUAGAGGCCAGGCACAAACAGUGGAGUGUGUAAAGUCCGGAGCAAUUUCAGAAUUACACAAUGGAAGUUAAGACAUUCAACGUACUAAGAUUUCAUUGCAUCUUUCAAUGUUAAGAUAAUCUGCAUGUGUUCUGUCUUUAAAGAACACAAGUAUCUUAUUGAUCACAUAAAGUGGGUUUGCAAUCCAUGUGUAUACAUAUAUUUGUAUGACUAGAAAUAUUUAAAGGCUUAUGAUUAAAAAGUAGAUACUGAUAAA